AUGCGUGCUCAGUUGGUCGCCUCCCUCCUCCGCACCCGCCCCAUCGCCGUCCGUCGCGUUGCGCCCAUGCUUGCACGCCCUUCCAGCAAUGCCGCACAUGAGGAGACGUUCGAGUCCUUCACCGAGCGCUACGUCACGUUUUUCCAGCAAGCCCAGGACCUGUUCGAGGUGCAGCGUGGCCUGAACAACUGUUUCGCGCAUGACUUGGUCCCUGCACCCUCGGUCAUUGAAGCCGCCGUGCGUGCCGCGCGUCGCGUGAACGACUACGCGACCGCCGUCCGCGUCUUCGAGGGAAUCAAGGAGAAGGUGGAGAACAAGCAGCAGUAUCAGGCGUAUCUGGAUGAGCUCAAGCCUGUGAGGGAAGAGCUUGGGAUCAACGUCAGGGAAGAACUGUACUCCUCAUAA